UAUUAUCAUUAUCCUGUUAUAAAACACUGCUGAUGUUCACUUCUUUUACAUUCUCAUUCUCUCCAAAGGCACACAAGAGUGCAUGAAACAACCAUCCAUGGCUGCAGAUUCCAACUCAAACCUCAGAAUCACCAUUGAAAGAAAUCCUCCACAGUCACGCCUAGCUGAGUUGAACAUCAAGUGCUGGCCCAAGUGGGGUUGUUCUCCAGGGAAGUACCAGUUGAAAUUUGAUGCAGAAGAGACAUGCUACUUGGUGAAAGGGAAGGUGAAGGCUUACCUAAAAGGGUCAUCAGAGUUUGUGGAGUUUGGAGCUGGAGACCUUGUCACCAUUCCAAAGGGACUCAGUUGCACUUGGGAUGUGUCUCUUGCAGUGGAUAAGUAUUACAAAUUUGAAUCAAAUUCUUCUGCUACAUCAUCAUCAUCUUGUUAAGUACUCAUUUCGACCAAUUAUUAUCAUUAAUUAGGUUAAUUUUAGCUUCAUUGAAAAGAAGAAAAGAAAAAGAUAGAAAAUGGUUGUCUGGUUGCUGUUGUUUGAAUGUGGGAGGAAUUGAAUUGAGAUGCUAUGGCUGAAAGAAAGAAAGAAAGAAAGAGAGAGAGAGAGAGAGAGAUUGAAAUGAAUGAUAAUUAUUUUAGUCAAA